GCUGUGAGCCAAUCCCGGUGCAGUACCUUCUGUGGGGAGAUCCUGAGCCGAUCGCAGCUGUGGUCUUCGCCUGCCUUGGCCUGCUCGCUACCAUCUUCGUCACUUUAGUCUUCAUCAGGUUCCACGAUACGCCGGUGGUGAAGUCCUCCAGCAGAGAGCUGUGCUUCAUCAUCCUGGCUGGCAUCUGUUUGGGGUACCUGUGUACGUUCUGCCUCAUCGCCAAACCGCACGUGGCCUACUGUUACUUGCAGAGGUUGGGAAUAGGGCUCUCGCCCGCCAUGAGCUACUCCGCUCUGGUCACCAAAACCAAUCGCAUUGCUCGCAUCCUUGCGGGCAGCAAGAAGAAGAUCUGCACCAAGAAGCCUCGUUUCAUGAGCGCCUGCGCCCAGCUGGUCAUCGCCUUCAUCCUGAUCUUGAUUCAGCUGGGCAUCAUCGUGGCGCUCUUCAUCAUGGAACCUUCCAAUGGCAAAACAGUAACCUGGGCACAGAAUGAGAGAAGUUACAGGCCAAACCUGUGGAAACGGAUCUCAAUCCACAUUAAGAAAAAGGAAGAGGCCAACCAGACGGCCAUUAUUAAGCCCUUCUCAAAGGGCUGUGAUCGUCCGCCAGACACAGGGGUGAAGCUGGCAUACGACGGGUCUCAGAAAAACCAGCGCUACCCUGUAACCUACUGCCCCCGGACCCCUUCGCCGCUGCCAACCGUGUGCCAGCGGCCUUCGAUGCAGAGGCGCGAAAUGGAAGAGCGUGAUG